AUGCCUGGCUAUGGCUCUAUGGGACAAGGCUGGGCCAAAGGUACGGUGCGCUGGCUCGAGAGUGCCGAUGAUGCCACCGACCCGGCGCAGUUCCUGGCCUGGCUGUGGUUCGACGACUUCGUGCCGCGAAAGCUUCGGCCGCCCCUGCUGCUCGCCUGGCUCCUCUUGCAAGGCUUGGGCAUGGCAUUUCAGCUCCAGCUCCUCUUCAAGGUCUCCACUGCGCUGGAUGAGUACGAGGCGACGCUCGGCGCCUUCUGUGCGCUGCCCACCAAUGGCAUUUGCCUCGCCAGCCAGUGGCGUUUAGCCGCGGACCAAGUCUUGGAGCCUGGAGGCGACUUCAGCUUCACCACACUCUCGGAGCCCAGCUUCUUGCUGGGAGUCGAGCCGAGUCCGAGCGCUUCGCCCUGGGAGCUUAGAACCAUAGGGGACGAGUGCAUCAUGGAGGCAACAAGGCCCUUGCUGCAGCAGAUGAAGCGGGACGUGCAGCGCUGGGAAGGGGUGAUCCGCAGCGCCUGCGAGGAGACUGUGGCGACCGGCCGGGGCCGGCGCUACACGGUGCUGCGGGGCGUGGGCGCAUUCGCCUACGGCGCGCCGAAGGAGUGGCGCCUUCGCCUGCUGGGUGCCAGCGCCCGCGUCUUCGUGGUGGACCCUCAGAGCCCGCGCCUGGCGGACGACGCGAAGGCGCAAUGCAGCUUCGUGCAGGCGCUGCAAAAUUUUAGCGAGCGCGAGAGCGGCCGGCACCACGGCGUGCUGAGAGCGGUCAGGAUUUCCAUUGUGGGCCUGCUCUUGGUCGCGCUGAUCUUCGCCGGUUUGGUCUUCAGCCGCUUCUUCUUCUACGUGGCCGGUGACAAACUGCUGAGGUGGUGGUGA